AUGGAGCUGGCCGAGGGUGGCGACCUGUUUGACAAGAUCGAGGCCGACGAGGGUGUAGGAGAGGACAUUGCUCACUUCUACUUCAAGCAGCUCGUCAAUGCCAUCGCCUGGUGUCAUGGCAAGGGCGUUUCGCAUAGAGACAUCAAGCCCGAGAACAUGCUGCUGACGGCCAAUGGCGACCUGAAGCUGGCCGACUUUGGUCUUGCCACAGCCUUCCUCAACCCCAAGACUGGAGACUCGAAAAUGUGCGGUCUGGUCUGUGGCAGUCCACCCUACAUUGCCCCCGAGAUUAUCCAGGUUGGCCACGCAAACCAAAAAGAGAAAAGCACGGCGAGGACAAGUUUGGGUACUGUCCCAACAUCUCGGACAUCUGGAGCUGCGCCAUCGUGCUGUUUGUAUUGUUGGUCGGCAACACUCCUUGGGACCAGCCCGAGCCACGGAAGAGCGAGGAGUUCUACCAUUUUUGUGAGACACAAGGUCGGCCUGAAGACGAGCUGUGGGAGAAGAUACCAUCCGAAGCAUUGA